AACACCCCUAAAACAAGCAGCCGUGCUCUUGUCUAUCUCCCCUGUUCGCUCCUCCAUCCAUCUUCUAAACCUAAAAAACAAACAGGCGACUGACAGAUCUUCUUUCAUUCUACGAUUCAGCAGGUAAGGUUCAAUCAGCCAGCAGAUUAACUUGCAAUCAUGUCUUGGUGCACCAUUGAAUCUGAUCCCGGUGUUUUUACCGAACUUAUACAACAAAUGCAAGUAAAAGGAGUGCAGGUUGAGGAGUUGUAUUCCCUGGAUCUUGAUUCACUAAACAGUCUUAGGCCAGUUUAUGGGUUGAUAUUCCUUUUUAAAUGGCGUGCUGGUGAGAAAGAUGAACGUCUUGUCAUCAAAGAUCCAAACCCGAACUUGUUUUUUGCUAGCCAGGUCAUUAACAAUGCAUGUGCUACUCAAGCCAUCCUCUCCAUUCUCAUGAACUGUCCAGAAGUCGAUAUCGGUCCCGAGUUAUCAGCUCUAAAAGAAUUCUCGAAAGCCUUCCCUCCUGAACUCAAAGGGUUAGCCAUAAACAACAGUGAUGCCAUCCGAACCGCUCACAACAGUUUCGCAAGGCCCGAACCGUUCGUUCCCGACGAACAAAAAGUCGCUGGAAAAGAUGAUGACGUGUACCAUUUCAUAAGCUACAUACCGGUAGACGGUGUCCUGUACGAGCUUGACGGGUUGAAAGAGGGGCCCAUUAGCCUGGGCCCAUGUUCAGGCGGUCAAGGUGACAUGGACUGGCUCAAAGUGGUCCAGCCCGUGAUUCAAGAAAGAAUCGAAAGGUAUUCACAGAGUGAAAUACGGUUCAACCUCAUGGCUAUAAUAAAGAACCGGAAGGAAAUGUACACAGCUGAGCUUAAAGAGCUGCAGAGGCGGAGGGAGCGGCUGCUGCAGCAGCUGGCGGCGUUACAGUCGGAAAGGGUGGUGGAUGGCGGCAAUGUGGAGGCGUUGAACAAGUCGCUUUAUGAAGUUAACGCUGGGAUCGAGGGUGCAACUGAGAAGAUUCUGGUGGAGGAAGAGAAGUUUAAGAAAUGGAGAACUGAGAACAUUAGGAGAAAACAUAAUUACAUACCAUUUUUGUUUAACUUCUUGAAGAUUCUUGCGGAGAAGAAGCAGUUGAGACCGUUGAUUGAGAAGGCAAAGCAGAAAACGAGCAACCCGAAGUAAGUUUUUCCUAGUGUUUUCGGUUAUGAUUCGAGGAGUUGGCGACUGCGUUUCUGUUUGAAAAAGGAUGAUGUAACUUGGGCUAAAGAAAAACGGUUAUUUGGUUUGUUUUGUGGAGUUUGAGGCUGAUGUUAAUCAGUUAAUGAUAUGCUAGUGAUUUAUUUAGUCAAAA